AGUCAGUAUGGAAGAGAGACACAGGGUUCCUAUCUCUUGGGCAGGUUUACCUCUCGCUGCUCGGGGAAACUGUUCCUGGGAAUUCCCAUUGAUAAUUAUAGAGAAAUAUCGGCGAACUGUUGCUCUAAAAGACUAAGGAUAUUCGUGUAUGUAAUUUUGAACGAUGCUGAAACAAAAGCAGAAGAAGGAAAUAUAAAGGUGAUCCAAGAAUGGGACAGAGAGGGCUUAAGUGUCCAACAAUCAAUUGUAAAACCCUACCAAGAGCCUAAUCCCGUACUUCGAUCUCGGAGAGCGUGAAAAGUUUUUGUUGUUUGCACUCGAUUCGGACACCACAGAGGUUAGGUCCUUUGGUAAAAGGUUUAUUUUAAUCGCUGCAUUACUUCGUUACCUCAUCAAUAACGCGCAACCACCCUGGAGAGAAACCAUCUGA